UGGAGUGUUCUUAAAAUAGCCUUAUCAAUUGGAAAAUAUUUGUUUUAUGAAAAUGUAGGUGAUACGCUUUCCUGACCUGGUUAUGCAGUCAGUAACAGAAGAAUUUGUGGAAGCAAGCCUAUCUAGGGGAGGUUCCAGAGCAUAAGGCAUGCUGGAUAGAAUCAUUCUUUGCGGUUCACAACAAGAAUAAGCAGCAGUGUUUGGGAUCUGCAGACAUCGCUUUUGCUUGAAGGAAGAUAUUUUUUCCAUUAGAAUCAGGAUGGCAACAGAAGAGCGGCAGCAGCAGCUACAGAAGAAUAAUUUUUAUUUGGAAUUACCCAAAGUGGAACUUCAUGCACAUUUGAAUGGAUCUAUUAGUUCUGCUACAAUGAAGAAGCUAAUAGCCAAAAAGCCAGACCUUAAAAUCCAUGAUCAGAUGACUGUGAUUGAUAAAGGAAAGAAAAGAACUUUAAAAGAAUGUUUCCAGAUGUUUCAGCUCAUUCAUCAGAUUACCACUAGCCCUGAAGAUAUAUUAAUGGUCACAAAAGAUGUUAUUAAAGAAUUUGCUGAUGACGGUGUCAAAUACCUAGAACUGAGGAGUACACCUAGAGAAGAAAAUGCAACAGGUAUGACCAAAAAGUCUUAUGUGGAAGCUGUUCUAGAAGGCAUAAAACAGUCUAAACAAGAAAAUUUGGAUAUUGAGGUGAGAUACUUAAUAGCAAUAGACCGAAGAGGUGGACCUUCAGUAGCAAAAGAAACUGUUGAACUUGCCAAAGAAUUCAGCCUCUCCUCUGAGGAUACUGUCCUUGGUCUUGACUUCAGUGGAGACCCCUCUGCAGGAAAUGGGAAAGACUUUUUGGAACCUCUUUUGGAAGCAAAGAAAUCAGGUCUGAAAUUGGCAUUGCAUCUUUCAGAGAUUCCAAACCAAGAAAGAGAGACACAAGUUCUCCUGGGACUGCCUCCUGACAGAAUUGGUCAUGGGACAUUUCUCAGUUCGUGUGUAGGAGGAUCACCGGAUCUGGUGGAGUUUGUUAGACAGCACCGGAUACCACUAGAACUCUGUUUAACUUCAAACAUCAAAACUCAGACAGUACCUUCUUAUGAUCAACAUCACUUUGGAUUCUGGUACAGCAUAGCCCAUCCUUCUGUAAUUUGUACUGAUGAUAAGGGUGUUUUUGCAACACACCUUUCUCAAGAGUACCAGCUAGCUGCUGAGAUAUUUGGUUUGAACCAGACACAGAUGUGGGACCUCUCCUAUGAAUCCAUCAAUUACAUUUUUGCUCCCAGCAGCACCAAAUCUGAAUUAAGGAAGAAAUGGAAUAAUUUGAAGCCAAAAUUCUUAAAUUAAGUUUUGGAGAUAGGAGGGGAGACUCUCUAGGAAGUUACAUCAUGGUCUUUGGCCUUCCAUUUGGAGCUGCUUUGCAAUCCUUUUACCACCUGCCUUGAAUCAGUAAUUAGGAAGUCUUUUGAGAGUCUAAAUCAGCAGUCCUUAACUAGCAGAUUUCAGCCAAUUGGUAGCUGCAGAAGUCUUACCGGGCUGAUUUCUGAUUUGUCUCUACUAAUACUCCACACAUGACACCUCUACUCUAACCACCAAUUAACCCCAUCCCAGGGCUUAAAGGAAAGGAAAGUAGCCUAAUCAAUGACUUGUACCACCAGCCAUAUUUUCUAUCCCCUACCCAGUAAUCAUAAGGCUUUAAAGAAAUCAUACUUUUCCCUCUCAUUCACUUCCCAAAUAUCCCAGUAGCGUUAGCAGCUGAUAUCACCUGUUUAGCUCUUAUUAAAAAAAAAAAGAGAAGCAGCGAUCUCUCACCCACCUGAACUGCCUUAAGGUUUUAAGAUUCUCUAACAGUUCUCUAUUUCCUUCCUCCAAUCUGAAUUGAUCUCUGUAGCAGUAGCAGUAAUACUGUCUAGGAUCCUCUAGUUCUGCCAUCUUCUAAGCCCCACACUCUCAGGAAAGCAGCCACUAUAAAACAAAUAGAAACAUAGCUGCUUCAAUAGGAGAUGGGACCAAACUAAUAAAACUAUUAAACUGGAGGAAGGAACCAAAUAGUUUAGGAUAGAGGCAUAUUGUUUUGCUCUCUAGAAAUCCCAUUAGAAGUUGGCAUGUGAAAAUGUGCCCAUUUGGCUCCAAAGGGACUACCUGAUUCUCUGUAAACAUCAGCCAUGUGCUACCCUUCUUUCUCCAGUAUCUCAUCCCUCCCAGAUUUGAUAGGUCAUAACUGCUGCUGUUCUCUGUUUUCUAGUGCCUGAAUAAUAGCAUGCAUAAGUCAUCAUUAAUGAGAAAUGUCAGGAAGCCCAGGGUGGUCCUGAGUACAACUACCAUUACUCUCCGUGUGCUCCAUUUUGCCCUCCUCAGAUUAGAAUUGCUCAUUUCACACCUGGUGUACAAAGCAAUGACAAGAUUAGGCUGUAAUUUCUUAAGGAUCCAUCUUGUUCUUCUUGCUUCCUUGUAGUCAUUGUGAGCUGCCCAUUUUCUCCUAACAGUUUACAAAAGUAUGACCUCAGGAAGUUUUUAUAUGGGAGCUGAGAAAUAUUCAUUCAUGAGGCCAACUCUCCCCCCUGGGGAGAAGGGAACCCAUUGUGGGGUUUGAGGACUUACAUACUUUGGUGUGUUCCUCAAAAAUACAGGUAAAUAAAUUGAGUUUUAUUUAAAAUUUAUUUUGUGAGCUUGCUAUUUCAAAGAAGCUUAUUGAAUCACCUCAAGUUUGUUUAAGUGUGUAUAAAUCUGGAUAUUUAUGUAAUAUUGAAUUUUCUUAAAGGAAAGAAAAUCUAUAAUAGUUGGUUCAAAUACAUUAGCCUAACACAGGUAGGUGGCACAGUGGAUAGAGCACCCAGUCCAAAGGUCCUGGGCUCAGA